AACGAAGUAUAGCGACAAGAGCGCGGAUACUGUUCAAGCUAUGUCAACAAGAAACUGUCCAAUGUGAAGAAGAUUAUCUAAAAAAUGAAGCAGGAAAUUGCAGUCGUGAUAUUUUUUCUAAAAGGUUAUCUAAAAAAAAGCCAUCAUGAUUCUAAAAAGAUUGACCUUUUUGUUGAGAGACUGGCUGUCGCACUCCAAGAUAAAUUCAAGGGGCACUGGUAUCCUGACAAUCCCUCCAAAGGCCAGGCAUACAGGUGUAUAAGGAUAAAUAAAUGUCACAGGCAGGACCCAGAGAUUUUUCAAGCUUGUCAGGAAAGUGGGAUUCAGUACCAAGAUCUUAAACUGCCAGAUGAGCUAACAUUAUGGGUGGAUCCUGGUGAAGUUUGUUGCAGAUAUGAGGAGUUUAGACAUUUCUUCUCUUUGGCAACAUUGUCCAAAGAUGAGGAUGAAAAAGAAGUUGCAAAGAAGGUGACCAAAGCCCUGGAGAGAGUAACAUCCGACUACCACUCAGGCACGUCUUCUGAUGAGGAGACUUCACGAAAAUCCCCUUUCACAAUAUCAAACCGCUACUGUAAUCCCAAGGCAAAUAAUUGGGCUCAGUAUCAUUCCCGAAGGAUGGAGAGGAUGGGAAGUGGUAACAUGUUUCCAAGACCUCACCACAUGUCCAGACCUCGUCACAGACCUGUGCCAAGCCACUUAAUAAGGCAACAUCUGUGGGCCCAGGCUGCACAGAGACAACACCAUGGAUACUGGGGAGCGCAGCCAAACUUUCAUCAGUACUACUAAAAAGUCCUGCUGAUAGUCUUGGCUAUUAAACCUUGAAAACUCUAAAAUGACUGACCAAUGCUUUUAUAAAUAGAUGUUUAUACUAAUAUUUUUAAUCUUGAUAACAGUUUUUGCACUUUAGACAAUUUGUUAGAGUUUGCAAAAUCACUUUUAUAGGAAGAUAUAGUUUUAGUCCUACACAUGUAGCCAUAACGUACUGUAUUUUUACAAUGGUGAAAUGUUAUUUAUAUAUUACUUUUCCCUAUGAGGUAAUAGUUUAUUUAUUCAUGGUUUUAGAUUUCAAGGCUUAAAUGUAUGUUUUAGUGAAAAGAAUUCCCUGGGAUCAUGAUAUUGGUCUUGAAAGUACUGAUUCUGUACAUUAAAAUCUGUCUCUGCUUACACUAUGUGAAGAACUUGUGAAGUAAAUAUUUAAGGGUUUGUAAUUGCUGUAUUGUUGAUGUGGCAUACAUUUCCUGUAAUUGGUGCUGUAUCAAUUUUUAUGUAUUACAUGAAAGCCUUUUUGCACAAUCAAUAUUUAACAAGAUCAG